UUUCCUUUUCUUGGGCAAUAACUUCCAACAAGAUUGAUCCAUUCUGGAUCUUGGUCUAUCAUUGCCGUUUUUAUUGGUUUUCAUUAAAUAAAGGGCAAAACAGAGAGGACCACCAUAACCCUCUCUGUGGAGUCUGGAGUCUCUGGGCUCUCGAAGAAGCUCUCAAUUCAAAGGAAAAGGUCUGAAAGAGCAGAGAGGCCAGAAGGGGAGCGACGUGUCUGGCUUCUUCACUCCAACGCCUUCCACUUGGAAACCCUUCUCAGGGCAUCUUCUGUGUAUAUAUUUGUGUGAGUUAAUUAACCCAGAAUUCACACACAUUAGUAAUGGAUGAAGAGAUUUCAAAACCCAGAGGUUUACCAGAGGAGAAUGGCCGGGAAAAUGAUGCCGGAGUUCAGUUUGUUCUUGAAUCGAAAGGGAAGUGGUGGCACGCAGGGUAUCAUUUGACGACGGCGAUAGUAGGUCCGACGAUAUUGGCGUUGCCGUACACAUUUAGUGGGAUGGGAUGGGCGGUGGGAUUCCUCUGUUUAACGGUUAUAGGACUCGUCACCUUUUAUGCCUAUUAUCUAAUGUCAAAGGUCCUCGAUCACUGCGAGAAACAAGGUCGCCGUCAUUUUCGCUUCCGGGAACUCGCCGCCGACGUCUUCGGUUCCGGGUGGAUGUUUUAUUUUGUAAUCAUCGUCCAAACAGCUGUCAACACCGGAGUUGCCAUUGGUACUAUAUUGCUUUCCGGAGAAUGUAUUGAGAUUGUGUACUCAAGUAUUUACCCGGAUGGACCCUUGAAACUAUAUGGGUUCAUAGCAAUGGUGACAGUGGCUAUGAUGUUUCUCUCCCAAUUUCCAAGCUUUCACUCCUUGAGAUACAUUAACUUCAUCUCACUUCUUCUAUGCCUCAGCUACACUUCUCUGGUGGUUGGUGCAUGCAUUCAUGCAGGUCUCUCCAAAAAUGCCCCUCCCAAAGACUACUCUUUAGACCCUUCAAAAUCAAUAAGAACAUUCAAUGCUUUCACUUCCAUUUCCAUUUUGGCUGCCAUCUUUGGGAAUGGGAUACUACCAGAGAUACAAGCUACCCUAGCUCCACCAGCUACAGGGAAGAUGCUGAAAGGUCUCCUUAUGUGUUAUACUGUGAUAUUUUUCACCUUCUAUUCAGCCUCAAUUUCUGGAUAUUGGGCAUUUGGAAACCAAGCUAGUUCUAACAUUCUUAAGAGCCUAUUGCCGGAUAAUGGACCUGCACUGGCUCCAGUAUGGGUUGUUGGCCUUGCAGUCAUUUUUGUUCUCCUUCAGCUCUUUGCCAUUGGCCUGGUGUAUUCUCAAGUUGCCUAUGAGAUUAUGGAAAAGAAGUCAGCUGAUGUGAGUCAAGGAAUGUUCUCCAAAAGAAACCUAAUUCCAAGGCUACUUCUUAGAUCUCUGUAUAUCAUUUUUUGUGGGUUUUUUGCUGCAAUGCUUCCAUUCUUUGGAGAUAUAAAUGGGGUUGUAGGAUCCAUUGGUUUCAUUCCCUUAGAUUUUGUACUCCCAAUGCUUCUCUACAACAUGACCCAUAAACCUUCAAAAACAUCCUUUACCUAUUGGCUCAAUGUGUCCAUCAUGUUUGUCUUCACUGGGGCAGGUCUCUUGGGUGCCUUCUCUUCUAUAAGGAAGCUGGUUCUUGAUGCUAACAGUUUCAAGCUCUUUAGUAGUGAUGUUGUUGAUUGAUCUCUUGUGCUUUUUAUGUCUAGAUGAUCCAUUUUCAUGCAAGAAUCUAACAGAACCCUUCUGGCUGUUGACAGACAUUUCUGACAAAUUAGUUUCAAAGAGAGUUAUACUAAUUGUCUGUAACAUAUUUCAGUGAGUGUGAUUAGAUGGAAGAAAGGUUUCAUUUGGCCAGUAGAUGGGUUACUGGGUUAUAAGUUGCAACUUGUGAUAGAUGGAUUCAAUGACAGAUAUAAAGGCAUCGACAUAAUUCUUCCAACUGACCGUGAGAUCAGUGAAUCUGUAAAUUUGACAUGAUUUUUGUGGUAGGCUUUAGAUAGGUGAGAGUGUUAUUGUUCUUGUUUUGAAA